UUAGAGUAAUUAUAAUAAUUUUGUCUCCCGAGCGCGCUUUAAAGAUGGCUGGUGACUCCGUGAGAUUGUCUAAAAACCUGCUAAGGAUGAAGUUCAUGCAAAGAGGGUUGGAUGCUGAGACAAAGAAGCAGCUGGAAGAGGAUGAGAAAAGGAUCAUCAGCGACGAGCAUUGGUACCUGGAUCUGCCGGAGCUCAAAGCCAAAGAGAACCUGAUCAUAGAGGAGAAGAGCCUGGUGCCCUGUGAGGACCUGCUCUACGGCCGCAUCUCCUUCAAAGGCUUUAAUCCAGAGGUGGAGAAACUGAUGGCGACUCUGAAUCCUAAAAAUGAAGCGGAGGAAGAGGAGGAGGAGGAAGAGAGGCGAAUGCAGACAGACGUCACAGAUGAAGAAAUGGCUCUGAGGUACGAGAGUUUGGUGGGAACCCUGAAGAAGAAGUUUGCAAAAAAGCGCGAGCGAGCGGCGCUGGACGGGGACGACGUCAACCAGAACGUGGCUGAGAAAACCUCAAAGAAAGCUUUCCUCAAACCUCAGGACUGACCAGAUCCUGGCUGUUAGGACUCAGCGGCGCCACGCGGUUAGUUUUAAUCUACCUUCGCCUGCUGGACGUCUGCCGUUGGUGAUCUGACCUGGUGUAUGGUGAAACUCUGAGAGGCUGCGGCGUGUUUGGAUGUUCAGACGGAGCGACUCGCUGGGAUUUUCAGCUGCUGGAACCUCAUGAAGCUCUGAUGUCAUCAAAGCUGCAGUGAAUCUCCAGGGGAACCAAACCAGAAUCGGGUCGGAUUCUGGAGACUUCCUGAUGUUUUACAGUGAAGCUGCUUCAGAACCAGACUCUUUGGACUGAGCUGAUUUCAGUACUCUUUAGUACUUCUUUUUUUUUUUUUUAAAGAAAUUGCUUAAAAUCUGUUGGUUUUUUUUUAUUUUUUGUUAUAUAUCUCUGCUGCUGCAACGCUUCUGGUUUUCUAUGUAGAUGUUUGAAAAAUGGAAUGUUAACGAAGCAAAGUGUCAUUUUAAAUAAACCUCGAUGACCUGU